CAACGACAAGCUUCAGAAACUAGGGAAAAUAUCAGUGCACAAUUUCCAUUCCCCUGUAUUCUCCCCAACAACAACAAGAACCAGCUCAGUCAAGAAGUUUCUUUUAAUUUCUCCCUUUCAUCCCCUCUAACUAAAACCAUAAAUCCGAGUUACCAACCAGAUCCUCUCUCUCUCUCUACCAAACAGUUUGCAGCUCUUGUGGCUUCAUCUGAUCCUCUUCUUUUUAUCUUUUUUUUUUUAUUCCUUUUUAUUUGCCACCAGAACGAAAAAGAUCCCCUCAGUCUUUCCAUCCCAUUCCAGACAAGUUGCCAAUUUGGGGGUUUCCUUUCUUCCACUUUGAGAAAAAAUAUCCACAAAGUUUCCAGCUUUAGAUUCCCCUGCAGAAGAAUUUAGGGAGGGAGAUGAAGAUACAGUGCAACGUGUGCGAGGCGGCGGAGGCGAACGUGCUGUGCUGCGCAGACGAGGCAGCAUUGUGUUGGGCCUGCGAUGAGAAGGUGCACGCCGCCAACAAGCUGGCAAGCAAGCAUCAGAGGAUUCCGCUUACCAGCUCUUCCCCUCAAUUGCCCAAAUGCGAUAUUUGUCAGGAAAUGGCAGGUUUUUUCUUCUGCCUAGAAGACAGAGCUUUGCUCUGCAGGAAAUGUGAUUUGGCCAUUCACACAGCAAAUGAAUAUGUGUCUGCUCAUCAGAGAUUUUUACUUACAGGAGUGAAGGUAGGUCUUGAGCCUACUGAUCCUGGUGGAUCUUCGUCUUCAGGGAAGUCGCCUUCCGGAGAAAAGCCAUCGGCGAUGAAAUCUCAAUCUAUCUCUGAAAGAGUCACACCAGCAAUUCCUUUCACUAGUUCCUCGAAUGAGACUCCAUCUGUGAAUGGUGGUGGAUUAAGGAUCUCUGAGCCUUCUGCAAAGGUGCCUUUUUCUGAGGGUUAUCAGGCUGGAGGCAUCCAACAGUGGCCACAUCUAGAUGACUUUAUGAGUCUAACUGAGUUGAACCAAAGUUACAGUUACAUGGGUAAUGGUUCAUCAAAGUUACACAAUAUCGAUGCCAUUGACAUGAGCAACAACAAUAGGUUCUCAAAUCUCAAUGACCCUUACUGAUUCCCGGCUGGCGAUCAAUUCUCCUCCCCGGCAGCUACUUUACAGUUACUCCAGGCUGACAGUGGGAGGCAUGGAGACUCCGACAACUCCUCUGCAAUGAUGAGGUCGGGCGACGAUGAAGUGGAUAACGACGACGAGUGUCUCGGUCGAGCUCCGGACAGCUUUUGGGCAGUGCCGGAGAUGCCAUCACCACCGACUGCCUCGGGGCUCUGCUGGCCAAGAUCCACCAGGGAACAAAACUGGGAUCAUGAGGUGGUAUCUGUACCAGAUAUAAGCUGCUCAGGUGCUCACACCGACUGUGAUGGUAAGAAGCAACAUGUUAGAACCCGAAAGAGGCGGAGGCAACAACAGCAGCGUUGGAUUACUCCCUUUUGAUUGCCGCUCUGCACCCUUUCGUUAGUCUUCAAUAGAGGUUGAUUUGUAUUCUUCCAUGAUUUCUGUUGCGAUCCUGCUCUUGCUUGCUUAGGAUCGCGAAGAGCAAAAAGGCUGAUGCUUUCAAAGUGGGCAUUUUGAGUCGAGGGUGAUAUGUUUUCAGAAGAAUAAUGUGAUGAAAACUGAUGUGUACUACUGUGGUAGACGACCUGCUGCGAAGGAGAGUUCUUAAUUUGCAGCUGUUAGUAAGUAAUGUAAAGUGUGAUUGAUUUAUGGAGUUUGCUCUUACUACUAAUUACACAUGAUAACCAAGUAACCAACUCCUAUUCAUAUAACAGAAUCAAAAGCAAGCACGAACAGCCGUAAAGUUCAGACCUUUCACCACAUGAGACCUUGAGAUGGACCUCCGGUGCCUAAACCCACCGGAGAAGUCGUCGGUGGAAGAAGGGAAGAAAAAAACAAGUGGCAGAGGUUGCAUGGCUUCCUGGACUGGAUUUCGAAUCCCGACGAUGAAAUCCGAGCUGGUUUCACGUUCUCCACGGACUUCACCAUCACUUCCAUCAACUUUCCGGCUGAUCGCCGAGCAGAAUGAGUCGUUGCGCGCGGAUUAACUUAACUCUCGCACAAUGCUAAUUAUGGCAUUUGUUUAGUUGGCGGCACUGUGACUCAUUUUCCCGCCAAAAGUGUCAUCCCCUUGGCAGCUAUUUACCGCCAAAAAGGCCACCCCGUCCACGCCCAUCGGUAUCAUACCGCAUUCUCACUCUCCACUUCUUCAGCAUCUCUACGAGUUCCUCCUUCGACUCCGACGCAUUUCUUCCCCAGUGAAUGAUGAAGCCUCUCGACCUGACUGCCGACAAAGAUUUCGCCAAGGAGUUCCUGAGAGAGUUCGUCGGUGCCAAUGGUGAAGCUAAGUACAUGAACAUCCUCCAAGAUGUUGCAAACCACAAGGUUCGCGCUGUUCACAUUGAUCUUGACGACCUGUACAAUUGGACGGGCUCGGAUGAAGAUUUUCCUAAAUGGGUUACUGAGAAUACCAGACGAUACCUGGGGACCUUUGCCUAUGCAAUUGAUGAGCUAAUGCCUGAACCAACUGAGACAUUUCCGGAUGAUGACCAUGACAUACUAAUGACACAAAGGUCUGAGGACCCGACGGAGAGUGCAGAUGGUUCUGAUCAGCAGCAGAAAAUGCCUCCUGAAAUCAAGCGUUUCUAUGAAGUUUACAUUAAAGCAGCUUCAAAGGACAAAAAAUUGAUCAUCAGAUCAGUCAAAGCUUCCAAUAUCGGUCACCUUGUAAGAGUUUCUGGUAUUGUGACACGGUGUUCAGAUGUCAAGCCACUGAUGCAGGUUGCUGUGUAUACAUGUGAAGAAUGCGGCUUUGAGAUAUAUCAGGAAGUAACUGCACGGGCAUUCAUGCCUUUGUUCAAAUGCCCGUCCAUACGCUGUGUAACAAAUAAGAGAAAUGGGAAUCUUAUUCUACAGCUCAGAGCAUCUAAGUUUCAGAAGUUUCAGGAGGCUAAGGUUCAGGAGUUGGCAGAAGAUGUUCCAAUGGGCCAUAUUCCAAGGUCCAUGACUGUUCACUUUAGGGGUGAACUGACAAGAAGGGUUGCCCCAGGUGACAUAGUUGAAUUGUCAGGAAUCUUUCUUCCAAUUCCAUUUACUGGAUUCAGAGCAUUGCGGGCUGGCUUGGUUGCUGAUACAUAUUUGGAUGUGAUGUCUGUCAAUCAUUCCAAGAAAAGAUAUGAAGAGUAUGAGCAGGGAGGUGAUGAGGAAGAGCAAAUUAUGCGACUGGCCGGGGAUGGUGAUAUAUAUAAUAAGUUGGCACGGUCAUUAGCACCUGAAAUUUAUGGACAUGAAGAUAUUAAGAAAGCUUUACUACUUCUCCUUGUUGGUGCUCCUCAUAGGAGAUUGAGGGAUGGGAUGAAGAUUAGAGGAGAUCUACAUAUAUGUCUUAUGGGUGAUCCUGGAGUGGCAAAAAGUCAACUUCUGAAGCACAUUAUCAAUGUUGCACCCAGGGGAGUGUAUACUACUGGCAAAGGAAGCAGCGGCGUUGGUCUAACAGCCGCUGUUCAAAGAGAUCCAGUUACAAAUGAAAUGGUCUUGGAAGGCGGGGCUUUGGUGCUUGCUGACAUGGGUAUUUGUGCAAUUGAUGAGUUUGACAAGAUGGAUGAAUCAGAUCGUACUGCAAUUCAUGAAGUUAUGGAACAGCAGACUGUCAGCAUUGCAAAAGCUGGGAUCACCACUUCGCUUAAUGCAAGAACUGCUAUCCUUGCUGCAGCUAAUCCAGCAUGGGGGAGAUAUGACAUGCGGAGAAGUCCAGCUGAAAAUAUCAAUUUGCCUCCUGCUCUUCUAUCAAGAUUUGAUCUUCUAUGGUUGAUUCUUGAUAGAGCAGAUAUGGAUGCAGAUCUUGAAUUGGCUAGGCAUGUUGUUUAUGUGCACCAAAACAAGAAAUCUCCUGCUCUUGGCUUUGCUCCUCUUGAACCAUCUAUACUCCGUGCAUAUAUUUCUGCUGCAAGGAGAUUAUCGCCAUAUGUGCCCAGGAACCUUGAGGAAUAUAUCGCCACUGCAUACUCCAGCAUUCGGCAAGAAGAAGCCAAGUCAAAUGCUCCUCAUUCCUACACAACCGUCCGAACCCUGCUUAGCAUUCUCCGAAUAUCAGCUGCAUUAGCAAGGCUCCGGUUCUCAGAGACUGUGGCACAAAGUGAUGUCGAUGAGGCACUUAGACUAAUGCAAAUGUCGAAGUUCUCGUUGUAUUCUGAGGAACGUCAAAAGUCUGGUCUGGAUGCAAUCUCCGACAUCUACUCAAUCUUGCGGGAUGAAGCUGCAAGGGCCGACACAAUGGAUGUGAGCUAUGCUGAUGCUCUUAACUGGAUUUCUAGGAAGGGGUAUAGCGAGGCACAGUUGAAAGAAUGCUUAGAAGAAUAUGCUGCUUUGAACGUGUGGCAGAUCACCCGCCCCAGCUUCGACAUUCGGUUCAUUGAUGCCUGAAAACUGGAACCCCGUACGUGUUACAGAUUGGCUUUGGCCUUUGGCUCUUCUUUCCCCCUUUAAUUCUUUCUGGGGAACGUUUUUAGUGUACGAAAUGAUGUUGGGCCUACUGACAGCAGUAUUGCUUCGUUCUGGUAAAAGGACAACUAGUCAUGUAUAAUUUGUCAGCAUGAAACAAAGAUUAUUGAAUUGCUAUGAAUUGUAUGAACUCGAUCUUGAUGUAUAUUCGUCACAGAUUUGAUCU